AUGUGCUACUACUGCUGCUGCCGCCAGCAGUUUGUGGUCAUAUUGGUCUGCCUGCUGUACAUACUGCUCGUGCUCAUCUUCUUCAUCAAUGUGUUUCUGGCGGAUCGCAAUAUGCACACAAACCACCACCUGAUGCACGGUGGUGCUGGUGGCAAUCCAAUGAUUGUCGGUGCGGGUGGUGCGGGCGGCAUACAUCCGGGCAUCAUGCAUCCGGCAGGUGGUCAUCACAAUCCGUACGACAUGCAUGGCUAUCAUCACUACAACAAUUAUCAUCCUCAAGUGGAUCCCAAGCAGCAGCAGCAGCAUCAACAGAAUCAUCAGCCGACACGCAAAACACCCAAUCAACAGCAGGCGGAACAGGAUAUUUACUACUAUUUCAAUCACGUAUUCAGGCGGCGAUAAAAUGCCACCAUCACCACACCACCCACAUAAACACAGACGCGCCUCCAACACAUAUAUAUAUAGAGUAUAUAUAGUCAGCAGGCCAAGAUGUAUACAACAAAAGAGAAGAAAAAAGAAAACAUAAAAUAAAUAGCAGAAGAAAAGUGAAUAAAAACAAUUGUAAAAUUCAUAGCAUAGAAAAGUGUGAAAUAUGAAAUAUGAAAGAAGAAGAAAACCAUAAGCCAUUUAUAAGAAUACAUCCAUUUACCAUAUACCAUUUACAAUAAUAAUAAUAAUAAUAGUAAUAAAAAUAAUAAACAAGCCACAACAACAACAGCAAAAACAAAUACAAAAUCCAACCAAUGACAGCAAACAAUUUUUGAAAUUUUGUAAUUUUACAAUGCUAAAGUGCGAAACAGUUUUCCAACAAUUAAGCGACCAAGCUAACCCAGCCAAAAUUUGCAUUUAUCUACAACAGGACGCAUGGGCAGGCCGUAAAUUUAGAAAUAUUUAUUGAUCUAUAUACAUAUACAAUACACACACAUAUAAAGAUAUAUAUAUAUAUACGCCUAAUCAAUCAGCUAUCCAAUUGGGUUCCACAUAUGCCUAGCUAAAGUUUUAACAAAAUGUUUGUCACACAAUUUUCGAUAAGAUUCGAUUUCGAACGGAAAUAGCAGCAAUAGCUUCUAAUUGAAUUAGAGUCUAGUAUUUGUAAGACAUAAUGAGAGAAAUACAUAAGUAAAAUAAAAAAAAUACAAUACACAGAAUACAGUGAAAUAAUGCAGCAGCAUAGUUAGUAUAAUGUUCAGAUCGGCAGCUAUAUAUGUAUAGUUAUAGCCUAAACAAAAACUAAAACAAAAACUUGUGCUUUUUAAAAGCUUUGCGGCGUUUAGAGAUCAACGUUGAAUGCAUCCCUACAAUUUUGUCAAUUUAACUAUUUAAAUAAACUUGUUCUUGUUUGUUGCA